AUGGAAGAUUGUGGAAUGAAAGAUGCGGGCUUUUAUGGAAACAAAUAUACUUGGAGUGAUAAUAGAGUAUUUAUCACUGUGAAGAAGAAUGUAAAUGUGGGUUCGAGAUACUUUAAGUUUUUCGAUUUGUGGGUUGAACACAAGGAUUUUAAAGUUGUUGUCAAAAAUGCACGGGAGGAGGAAGUAAAUGGUAACGCUAUGUGGAGACUACAUCAGAAGAAAAUGAAUAUUUGUACAAAAUUGAGUGAGUGGUCAAGACAAGUAUUUGGCGAUAUAUAUAAAGAACCAAGGAGACUAGAGCAGGAAAUCGCAAACUUGAAAAACAUUCAGGCAAGAGAUGACAUUCCUGAUAUAAGAGCAGAGGUGAAUGAGGAAAAAGCAAAACAUAUUCAGUUCCUCAAACUACAGGACUCAGUGCUUCGACAAAAAGCCAAAGCAAACUGGCUGAAAGAAGGGGACAAAAACAUAGCAUAUUUUCAUAGCAUGAUAAAGGGAAGAAGAAAAAAACUCAAUAUUCAAAAAAUACAAGAUGAAGACAGGUUAUGGAGAGAAGGCAAUGACAAAAUUACAGAGGAAACAGUUCAAUAUUUCCAAAAAAAUCUUUGGGCACAGGGAGGCAUCAGGUGA